CAGUCGUGUCUGUAGACGCUGGCGAACGGCGACGACGACAACACUCUGCCGCACCUGCUGGUCGUAGCGUGUGGAUGUGUGUGAGCUGCACGUCGGCAGUGCGCCAGACAGGCGAGCAGGACAUGCAACACCAACGCAUACGAGACGUAUCCGCCCCGUACGUCCUCCGAUCUUGGUGUCUUGUUCGUGACAGUGAUUGGGAAGCGUGUGCGUCUUCUAUAUCCUACGCCUAGUCAAGCACCAAGCUAGCGACGUCGAUCGUCGAACACGACCGUCGCUCGAACACGGCGGGAAAUCACCAUAUAUCUCGAUCGCCUUUCGUUCGUCUUGCUUCCCCAGUUUCUACGGACGGCGUCAAUACUGGCCAACCUCUACACCAGUCGUUCCUAAUCCACGACGGCAACGACUACAGCGGCUACGACAGUGCUGCAGUAAACUACACCAACCAGUCCUCCUCCUUCUCCUCUCCGCCUCCUCCUCCCUCUCCAUCCCGUCCAAAUCCACCACAUUGCCUCUCCACCUCCCCCUCCCCUUCUUCAGCCCAGAAAGUUAGCUUCACGUCUGGCUGGCUGGCUGGCUGUCACCCGUCGCGCCUUCCGUGUUCAACCCUCUCGCCCUCUCUCGCCCUUGCCUACCCGAUUUCACUAUUCACUCACUGCUUCCUUUCACUUUGCUCCUUCCACUUUGAUCGUCACCAUCAACUUCACCGUCCCCCGUCCUUUUUUCUUCUUUCUCCCUCUUCCUUGUCUUCCUUCUUCCUUUCCUUCCUUCAUCCCCCCUCGAGCAAAAUAAAACUCCAUAUUGCACACCUUGCUCCGCACGCCUACCGAAAAAGAAAGAAAAGAAAAGAAAAAAAAGAGAAAAAAACAAAGGACAAGAUAAAAAACGUCUCGUAAGAGCAGAUUGGGUCUAUUGACUCCAAUUUCAAAGACCUCAGCCCGACCAACCAGGAUUCGACCUAUCAUUCCGGCGUUGACAGGACCCUGAGAGCCCAUCAACAUUGGCGCGCUAUUGAUGCUGCCCGCUUGUUAAAAAAAGAGCGACGCGACCAACCUUCGUCAGCCAUGAAGAUCCUUUUCCUCUGUACGGCGCACAACUCGCUCUCGCAGCGCCUCUACCUUGCUCUAGCACCAUCCCAUGAUAUUACCAUUGAGUAUGCGAUCAAUGAUGAUGUCAUGAUCUCUGCCGCAGAGCUGGCUAAACCAGAUAUCAUUCUGUGCCCCUUCCUCACUAUCAAGGUCCCUGCAGCUGUGUACAACAACUACCUCACUCUCAUAAUCCAUCCCGGCCCUCCUGGUGAUGCGGGUGCCAGCGCCCUCGAUUGGGUGCUUAUGGGCGACGAUGGCUCCAUACCUGAGCGUGACCGUGCAUUACAGGCCUUGGACGUCGAAUGCGGGCCUGGACGUUCGCAUUGGGGAGUCACUUGCCUUCAGGCCAUCGAGCAGUUCGACGCUGGCCCCAUCUGGGCCUUUGAGCAGUUCCCCAUCGACAUUGACCAGCCUGGAUUGACAAAAUCGGAGCUGUACCGUGGACCCGUCACCCGCGCCGCUAUCAAGGCCGCCAUUGCUUCGAUUGAGCGCAUAGAUAAAGCUGCAAGCGCAGCGAGCAUAUGUUCGCCGACAUCCGCCUUCCUUACCCGAUACCAUCCACACCUCAAGGCCGAGCCCGAGUACGCCAGUCUGUCGUGCUCGACGAGAUUGCCCUUCAAAGGUGGUAACACGCAUGACCGCGGUUCCAUACUCAAGCCCAUCGAGCGCGCGUUUGACGUCAGGCGCCAUACCGCCCAGCAGAUAUCACGUCGCAUCCGCUGCUCAGACUCGCAGCCAGGCGCCCAGACGAACAUCUUUGGUCCCAACCUCUAUGUUUACGGUGGACAGGUCGAAGACAACGUCGGUGGCCCGAAUCCUGGUGCGAUCCCAGGUGCACUUCCUGGCACCAUUGUCGCCAUCCGUAACGAAGCCGUCUGCAUUCAGACCUGCGACGGAAGGGGCGUUUGGAUCACACACGUUCGCCGCCUUGCCAAGCGCGGCAGCGGAAAUCCACUGCCACCGAAGGUGCCUGCAGUGACUGGUCUGUUGGAUGCAGGCGUCGUGGAUGCGGCUCAGAUACACAGAUUACAAUGGGACCUGCCAAUUGACUGGACCAUCAGUCCGCAUUCGACAUUUCAGGAGGUCUGGGUCGACUUUCAGAGCUACGGCGAGGCUGGACGAUCCGCGUACCUCUACUUCGACUUCUACAACGGCGCCAUGUCUACGCGUCAAUGCUCGCAGCUUAUCGAGGCUAUGGAUUACAUCCUCUCUGUCUCGACACCGUCCGACCCUAUCCGCGCCGUGGUGCUCAUGGGCGGGUCGUAUUUCAGCAACGGCAUCCAUCUUAACGUCAUUGAAGCUGCCAAGUCUUCAGCUGAAGAGUCGUGGCUCAACAUCAACCGCAUCGAUGACGUCGUUCACUAUAUCCUGCAUGAGUUCCCCUCUCGGAAGAUCCUGACUAUCGCUGGUAUCCGCGGCAACGCUGCAGCAGGUGGAGUCGCCCUUGCUGCCGCAUGCGAUGUUGUCCUGUGUGGUGCAGAGGUGGUUAUCAACCCGGCGUAUCGUGCCAUCGGGCUCUUCGGAUCCGAGUACCACUCAAUUUCUUAUCCAGGUCGCUGCGGUGCGUCAAAGGCGAAGGAUCUGCUCGAGGCCAUGGUCCCAAUCAGCCCCUUUGAUGCUCGUGCGAUCGGCCUUGUGGACCACGUCCUACCCGGUUCCGGAAGCGCCCUGGAGAAGCGUAUCAAAUCGCACGUCGCAGUGGUCGUCAAGUCCGGAAAACCAAGCAAAGGCAUCUGGAAGACACGGAUCGAUAUCACCCCGGCUACUUUGGCCGCAGCUCGCGCCAUGGAGCUGCACGAGAUGUCUAAAGACUUUUACAGCGCCCGCUCUGACCGUUAUAACAGCCGCCGCUUCAACUUCGUGCGCAAGGUCAAGCCAGUUCAGACACCGUUGCGCUUCGCUAAACAUCGCCGCACCGACGAGAAGAUGCUGGAUGAAGAGGAGCGCGAGACUUUCACCCAGGUCGAACACUUCGAGCUUCUCAGGGAGCAGGCACUCAUCGCCAAGAUCCAGGCACAGCUCGAGCUUUCGAACAGCCUCACCGGCGGGUCCGACCUGCUCGCCACAAAGCUGAGGUCACUGACGCCGCCGGCAUCGUCACCCAAGCAAGACAAUGAGCCCAUGUUCACGUGCUACUAUAAACCGCCACCAGAGACGCUGAAACUGCCUCCUUCUCCUGUCUCCAUGUCGUCAAGAAGCCCAUCGAUAUGUUGACCUGGUGCAGCAAUGGGCUUGAGGCCAGUACGAGAUUGUCGCGGUUCACAACAAACUCCAGAGUUACGCAGUUAGCCUGUAGAUUCGAUGCUCAAGGUUCCUCUUCAUUUUCCAGCGAGAACAAACACUGCAAAAAAAAAAAAAAAAA